AUGGGUUCUGAAGCAGAGGGAAAUCAACAGAGCAGCAUACCAAGGCUCCCUUUGUUCUCUACUCCACCAGCAAUGCAUAUGAAGUCGUCUCCGGAGAGAUCAGGGACGGUGACUCCACCGCUGCAAACCUCGGGUUCAGUACCGUUUCGAUGGGAGCAAGAACCUGGAAAACCAAAGCUAUGCAAUGCACUUGUCCCCUACAUCAAUCCAACUGACAAGAGUUUGGAGCUUCCUCCAAGGUUGUUAGUGGUACCUUCACCGACCCUAUUGCAGCCGGGACCUUAUGUAACUAGCAAUAGAUUCCGGUCACCGUCUUUUAGAAUAGAAAACAACACCAAUUGCUAUGGUUCUUCUGGUACUAAGAAUAUUCUUGUCAAAGGAGACAGUGGUUGGUUUGGUUCAUGGAGAAAAAAUGUCAAAAGAGAUCAGGUCACUGGAGGUAGUCAUGUCUUUCCAUCUUCAACUGGCAUUGCAGAGACUCCUGUGACACACAACAACAAGAUGAUGAAACGUUCUGGGAGCUCUUCCAGCCACUCUCAUCAAGACAAGCCUCGUGUUUGGAGAAGCAUCCGUGAGGGGAUGAAGCAGGUGGUUACACUUCAAUGGAGGAGCAAAAAGCUGAAGAAGAAAGAUGGAAGUAGCCUUCUUAAGCAUUGA